GUCUCACUUCCAUUUACCCUUUCACCCAAAACUCCAAAACCAUCCUUACUGCCUUCACCCAACAUCACCGACCUUCCUCCUUCCGCCAUCGUUUUCCGGCAACCAGCCACCGUCCUUUCUUCUUUCUCUAUCGUUAAGUUCUGUCGAAUUCCGCAACUAGAUGGCUCUGUCUCUCGGUCUGAAGUAUCGGCGUGUAAAAGAACUUUCAAGGUUUCUACCACCACUUAUCUGCUACUCAGGUGAUUGUUAUCAGCAACCCAGGAAAGCUUUAAUCUCAGUGAGAUUACCCAAAACAGUUGUUAAUGGGAGUUUAUUGAAAGGGUUUCAUCAACAUAGCCAUAUUCAGGUUCUCAACAUUGGCUGAUGUAACACAUGAUCAUGCUCCUGAAGUUGAUCUUUUGUCUUUCAUAAAAUCUUCGCUGGAUGAACUUGAAGGCACUCAUCAUUAUUGGUUAAACAGAUCCGCCAAAAGUGAACAAUUUUUUGGAAUUGAUGGAAUUCAUGGAAUUUUUUUGGUUCUUGCUGCAAGCAAUUUCGAAUGUGGCAUUAUGUUUCAAAAGUUGAAGGCAAUUCAGGAGAGGUUCCCUCAUAUUAUUAUUAUGGGCUUUAAACUAAUUAAGUCUUCUGAUCGCGCGAACAUAAUCCAGCUACUUAUGACAGAAAAUAUCACAUUCCCUAUUUUGUUGUCUGAGCGAGAAUUUCCUCAGAUAAAGAAAGGUGCAUGCUACGUAUUAUUUAAAGAUUUUAAGAGCCCAAUAAUUUGUCAUGAGAAGGAUGUCAGUCUCGAAAUUUUAUACCAAGCUAUUCAGGGGUUACAGAUGCAACCAAGUGAUGAUUCUAAGUACCUCAAUGUCUUGAGAUCUACAUCUUGGAAGCAGGAUGAUAUCACCAAGGAUCAAUAUAUUUGUUCUCCUCUACAGAAUUUACUUCUAUAUUACCCAGGUUGUGUCUCUGCAGAUGAAAGGGCUAACCGCCUCUUCAUUUCUGAUUGCAAUCAUCAUAGGAUUAUUGUAUGCAAUGGCAAUGGGAAGAUUAUGGACUGUAUUGGCUCUUCCCCAGGAUUUGAGGAUGGUGAUUUUGAUUCUGCUAAAUUAAGGCGCCCAGCUGGUUCUUAUUACCAUGCUACUGAGGAUUGCUUAUAUUUUUUGGAUUCAGAGAACCAUGCUAUUAGGAGAGCGGACAUGAGAGCACGUUCAGUGGAAACUUUUUAUCCGACAAGCACCCUUAACAAUGGAGGUGGUCGCAUAUGGAACUGGAUCAUGGGUAAGCUUGGUUUAGAAAGCAGCGUGGAGACCAUUGAAGAGGAAAAAUCUGAAGUAUUUGAUUCUAAAGGGUUAUAUUUUCCAUGGCAUCUGUUGAAAUCAGAUGAUGACACUCUCUAUAUUAUAGAUCGCAGGUUUCAAACUUUAUGGACCAUGGAUUUCGGUUCUGGGAAAAUAGACAAUGUCUUUGAAGGUUCUCCUAGGAUUCUUGAGAUCUGCGGAAAGCUAAUCGGACAAAAUUUAUCCAUCUUAGAUAAGAUUCCCUGUGACCAGUUUCAACAGAAAACUAACAAUAUCUGUGUGCUGGAUGACCUCCCCCAUUCUAAUCGUUUAUCUUCAUUAACAACCUUGCAGAAUCACAUGUUCAUUUGUGAUAAUGUUCGACAGAGAAUUCUGAAGGUCAAUAUUGAAUCCGGGGUCAGUUUGGACUUCCAAUUAUCUAAUUUAGGGUUACUUGGAUUUCCUUAUUGGUUGAAUUCCCCUCUUGAGGUAUUUUAUGCUGGUGGAAAUGGACUUUCAGAUACAUCAAUUGAUCAUCUGCAACAUUUUGGUUUGCUACCAGGCAAGAUUGACAUACAGCUGAGUGUGGAUGUUCCUACGGAUAUUGAGCUUGUAGAGCCAUUACAAGAAUCCUGUAUAUGGCGUCAAGCAAGAGGUGCAGCUACUGAAAUCUCUGGAGUGAAUGAUCCAGGAUCCUUAGAUAAGGUUGGUGUUGCACAACAGUGGUAUGAUGAAUUGGAUGAUCUUGCCGCUCCAAAGCCUGAACCUGAAAUGACUGAAGACAAUAACCUGGAUAUAAAUAUCGUUGUGGAUGAAGAUGAGAAAGUUCGCAUUAGUAGUAGAGUCUUCACUAGCCCUGGAACAAGUGAGGUUGUUAUUUUCGCCGUACUGUAUUGUAAACUUAGAAGAGUUCCAAACUCAAACGAUGGCAACCAGGAAAAAUACGCAGCAAGGAUUAUUGAUUUUUUGAGCUCUAAGAGAUCUGGUAAAAGAGAAAGAGACUCAUGGAAUGCAUUUCUGUUGCAAUCUAAAGGUGAUCUAAGAGAUCUUAUUUUCAUGAAACCACUACACAUCAGAGUAAGAUUAAAUUGUUUUGAUCAUCCUAAGGCUGAAAAUGGAAAGGAUAUUAUCUUAACAGACUCCUCAAUUAAGGUGAAUGUGUUGCUCAAUUGACAGUAGAUUUUAGGAGCAGAGCUUCAAUUAUUUUUUCUCGUCCCCAUGUUUUAUUCUUUUGACUGUAAAAUCAAUUGGUAUUUAGCAACUUUUUGCCCCAUUAUUUGAAGAGUACUAGGUGAAAAAUGUUGAUCUAUUAUGAAAGAUAUUUUAUUCGUUUUAAAAUUGUUUCUGGAAUUUUUAGUGCCAAGGUCAUAUUUGUAUAAUAAGAACUCCAAUGUCAGGUGAAUUACUUCUAUUUUUGGCAAGUUGUAAUAAUUGGAGAUAUACUUUGUUCUCUUAGAGGAACUAAACUGAAAUAUUUUUUCUGGACAUCAUGUAAAUGUAUGUAUUAAUUAUGCAUAUAUUAUUAAUUAAA